AGUGUCUUUGUGCACAUUUAGAAUGAAGCAUCUAAAGAAAAUCAUGCUGUCUAUCAUUUGCCUUGCAGUGAUUGGAAUGGCGCUAAAACAAAUCUGGUUUGACAAAGCACAAGGUAAGCAUUUCAAACCGGCACACACGAGUUCAAAGCAAAACGCUAACAUUCAUUCACAUUUCAUUGCAAUAUCCGACAACCGUGUUACGAUAGAACAACAUUUGGAUGAACACAGAUCGACGAGGAUUCGGGAGGGUCAUUUUAUAAUGCCCCAAUCUGGCGAAUUCAAAGACGUUACUUCAAGUCGAGAUGAUUAUUUUAUUCACAUUGCCACAGAGCAUAAUAUUAAAACGUUGCUCUUUCAAAUAAUGGAUUCUGUCAAAGAUGGGUAUGGUUUAUAUCAAUGGAUAGGAAGCAAGUCUUUAUGUACGGCACUUGCCGAUAAUAAAGUUAAAACACCAUAUUCUAACUCAUGUACGACAAAUAUGGAGCAGACCUUUUCCGCACAGAAACCUGAACGUAAACAGCGAUUCAAAUUACCACUAAAUUAUACACUAACAGAAGAAAUAUUCCAAAUGGAGACAAUAUCUAGUUUCAUUCAUAUAAUACAAAAUGGAAUCAUCUCGAAAGAUGGUGUGGUUUUUGUCGGUGGCCUGCACGUUAUACCGUAUAGUUGUCUCGACAGACCCGAAUGGAUUCAAGCUUCUAAAGAACAUUUCAAGACAACAAUUAAAGAUAAUCUGGAUAAGUUGCCCCGUUACGAAGAAGUAUUUGUAAUAACACAAUUUUGGUCAGGCGAGUUUUACCAUGGAAUGGUGGAAUCUCUCCCAAGACUAUCACGAUAUAUAAGAUUUAUAGACAAACGCAAUGAUAUCAAAAUAUAUGUCGCUUGCACUUCGUUCAUGAAGUCAUCACUCCAGACU